AUGUUAGUACCCAGAAUAGUCACCCUAUUGGUGGCAGCAUUGGCUGCCAACGCUGCUCCCGCUAGCGAGUCUGCCAGCUCGGCAGACUCUCAAAUUACCCUCGAUACCGAAUUGACUCUAGGAGUCAAACAAACCCCCAAUAUUGAAAACGAUACCGCAGUAGAUGCUAACCAGGUUGCCAAAGGUUAUGAUUUGGUCAAUGUAUCCAGUACUGCCCGAGGAUUGACCGGGAUCUUGAAAUUGAAAGAAGCUACCAACCUUUACGGUUACGAUUUCGACUACCUCAACUUAUCUGUCAGUUACCAGUCCGACGAAAGAUUGAACGUUCAUAUCGAGCCGGUAGACUUGACUGAUGUCUACGUGUUGCCCGAGGACUUGGUGCCCAAGCCUUCGGUCGAAGGCGAUGUCAACUCUUUUGACUUUGAUAAUUCCGAUUUGGUGUUCCAAUACUCUGCUGAAGAUUUCUCGUUUGAAAUUAUUAGACAAUCAACCAAAGAGUCCUUGUUUUCCACUAAGGGGAAUCCUUUGGUUUUUUCAAAUCAGUUCAUUCAAUUUAAUACUUCUUUACCAAAAGAUCACUAUAUCACUGGUUUGGGUGAAUCCAUUCAUGGUUUCCGUCAAGAACCGGGUGUCGUUAAAACGUUAUUCGCUAAUGACGUGGGUGACCCCAUUGAUGGGAACAUUUAUGGUGUUCAUCCAUUCUACUCGGAUCAAAGAUACGAUACUAAAACUACCCAUGGGGUUUAUUGGAGAACUUCGGCCCCUCAAGAAGUUUUAAUCGAAGAAGAAUCCUUAACUUGGAGAGCUCUUAAUGGGGUCAUUGAUUUAUAUUUCUUCAGUGGUGAUACUCCGAAAAAAGUCAUUAGUCAAUACGUUAAUGAAAUCGGUUUGCCUGCUUUCCAAUCUUAUUGGACUUUUGGUUAUCACCAAUGUCGAUGGGGCUAUGACUCUGUUGACGAAUUACAAUCGGUUAUUGAUAAUUUUAAAAAAUUCAAUAUUCCUUUAGAGACCAUUUGGUCAGAUAUCGAUUAUAUGGAUUCUUAUAAAGAUUUCACGAAUGAUCCUCAUAGAUAUCCAAAGGAAGAUUUUAAAAAAUUCAUUGAAUCUUUACAUGAAAAUAAUCAACAUUAUGUUCCAAUCGUUGAUGCUGCUAUUUACGCUCCAAACCCAAAUAAUCAAACCGAUAAUGAUUAUCCUCCUUUCCAUGAUGGUAUCGACUCGGAUGUUUUCCUUAAAAACCCCGAUGGCUCCUUAUAUGUUGGCUCAGUUUGGCCUGGUUAUACCGUUUUCCCGGACUUCUUAGCUAAUGAUACUCAAGACUACUGGCAAAAAUGUUUCGAGGAUUGGUACAAAGAUGUUCCUUUUGAUGGUAUUUGGUUAGAUAUGAAUGAAGUCUCAAGUUUCUGUGUGGGCUCUUGUGGUUCCGGUAAACUUGAAGAAAAUCCAGUUCAUCCUCCUUUCGCUGUUGGUGAUGUUCCUACAAAGUAUCCUGAAGGUUUUGAAAAAACUAACGCUUCUGAAUAUAGUUCAGUUCAAGCUUCAAUCUCUGCCACCGCUUCUUCAUCCGCUUCUUCUUCUUCUGCAUCUUCUACUUCAAUCGAUUCUAAAAACACUUUGGCCCCAGGUAAAGGUAAUAUUAACUAUCCUCCUUACGCCAUUAAUCAUUUCCAAGGUGAUCAUGAUCUUGCUACUCAUGCAGUUAGUCCAAAUGCUACUCAUCAAGAUGGUACCCUUGAAUACGAUAUUCAUAAUCUUUAUGGUUAUACUCAAGAAGUUGCCACUCAUAAAGUCUUACUUGAAAUCAAUCCUAAUAAAAGACCCUUCAUUCUUUCUCGUUCUACUUUCCCAGGUUCAGGUAAGUAUACUACUCAUUGGGGUGGUGAUAAUAACUCUCAAUUUAGAGAUGCUUAUUUUUCAAUUCCUCAAAUCUUAUCAUUACAAAUGUUUGGUAUUGGUAUGAUUGGUCCCGAUACUUGUGGAUUUAAUGGUCAAUCUAGUAUGGAAUUAUGUUCAAGAUGGAUGCAAUUGUCUUCUUUCUUCCCAUUCUUUAGAAACCACAACGUUUUAAGUGCUAAUCCUCAAGAACCUUACGUUUGGUCUUCUGUUACUGAUCACUCUAAACAGACUAUUAACAUUAGAUAUUUAUUAUUACCUUACUUCUAUACUAAUCAUUAUGAUACCCAUACUACUGGUACUCCUUUGAUGAGAGCUUUAUCUUGGGAAUUCCCAAAUGAUCGAUCUUUGGCCGGUGCAGAUAGACAAUUCUUCGUUGGUGAUGCUAUUCUUGUUACCCCUGUUUUAACUCAAGGUGCUGACACUGUUAAAGGUGUCUUUCCAGGUGCAGGUAAAGAUGAAGUCUAUUAUGAUUGGUACACUUAUGAAAAGCAAGAUUUUGAAGAUGGUAAAAAUACCACUUUAGACGCUCCUUUAGGUCAUAUUCCUCUCCAUAUUAGAGGUGGUUACGUCAUUCCAACUCAAGAACCAGGUUACACCACCGCCGAAUCAAGAGAAAAUCCAUGGGGAUUAAUCGUUGCUUUAGGUGUUGACAAGUCUGCUCAAGGUAAACUUUAUGUUGAUGAUGGGGAAUCAUAUGAAAUUGAAGAAUCCUUAUACGUCAAUUUUGUUGCAGCAAACAAUACUUUGUUAUCAUCCUCUUUUGGUUCUUACGAUGCAAGUCAACCUUUGGCAAAUGUUACCAUCUUAGGUGUUGAUUCUAAACCAAAGAAUGUCAAAUUUGAUGGUAAUUCAGUUGAUUUCUCUUACGAAAACUCAACUCUUUUCGUUACUAACUUGGAACAACAAACUAGUGACGGUGCCUUUGCUAAACAAUGGAAACUUACCUGGAAUUAG